CCGGGCGCCGCGCAGAAAGGAGGGUCCCGCCCGGGCGGCGCCGCGGGCUCCGGUUGAUGCUGCGGGCCUGCCGCCGCCAUCCCGCUGCCGCCGGCGCUGCUCCUCGGCCGCCCCUCGCCAUGCUGGGAGAGAGCCCGGCCGCCGCCCGGCCGCUCCUGCGGGCGGGACCCCCGCUGGCGCUCUGCUACACCUCGGCCCUCCUGGUGCUCGCCCUCUCCGCGCUGCCCGCCGGCCGCGCCUCCCAUCCCUUGCCCGGCUCCGAGUGCCAGGGCGGCGGCAAGGGGAAAGGCAUCAACUGCUCAGAGUUAAAUGUAAGAGAUUCUGAUGUAAGAGUGUGUGAUGAGUCGUCAUGUAAAUAUGGAGGAGUGUGCAAGGAAGAGGGAGAUGGCUUGAAAUGUGCGUGUCAGUUCCAGUGUCACACGAAUUAUAUUCCAGUUUGUGGAUCAAAUGGAGACACUUACCAAAAUGAAUGCUUCCUCAGGAGAGCUGCUUGCAAGCACCAGAAAGAGAUAACAAUGGUGUCAAGAGGACCUUGUUAUUCUGAUAAUGGCUCUGGGUCGGGAGAAGGAGAGUAUGAAGGAUCUGGGACAGAAGUUCAGAGAAAACACUCAAAAUGUGGAGUUUGCAAGUACAGGGCUGAGUGUGAUGAAGAUGCAGAGAAUGUCGGGUGUGUAUGUAACAUAGACUGCAGUGGAUACAGUUUUAAUCCUGUAUGUGCUUCUGAUGGAAGUUCCUAUAACAAUCCAUGCUUUGUCAGAGAGGCAUCAUGUCUGAGGCAAGAGCAGAUUGACAUCAGACACCUUGGGCAUUGCUCAGAAACAGAUGACACAAAUGCAGUUGGAAAGAAAGAUGAUGGCAUGCAGUAUCGGCCAGAAGUGAAAGAUGCCAGUGAUCAAAGAGAAGACAUUUACAUUGGAAACCACAUACCUUGUUCAGAAAGCUUCAAUGGUUACUGUAUACAUGGAAAAUGUGAGUUCAUUUAUUCCACUCAGAAGGCUUCCUGCCGGUGUGAAUCAGGAUAUACUGGACAGCACUGUGAAAAGACAGACUUUAGUAUUCUUUAUGUUGUCCCAAGUAGACAAAAGCUUACGCAUGUCCUUAUUGCAGCAAUAAUUGGAGCUGUACAGAUUGCCAUUAUAGUUGCAAUUGUCAUGUGCAUAACCAGAAAAUGCCCCAAAAAUAAUAGAGGACGUCGGCAGAAGCAAAACCUAGGCCAUUUUACUUCAGAUACAUCAUCCAGAAUGGUUUAACUUAGUGCUUUUUAUACCUACAUUGACCAUGUGAUGUACAUUUUUAUUAUAUCUUUUUUUAAAGAAUGGAAAUAUUUAUUUCAGAGGCCUUAUUUUUGAACAUUUUUAGUGUCACAAUGUUGGUCUGUAUUCUGAAAGCAUCAGCUCUAACAGCUAUGGACUGCUUUAGUAUCUUUACUUUUAUGUUUUUGAAUACAGUAGUUCAUUUUCUGUAUCUGUAUCACAUGGUUAUAUAAUAGACUUGUGCUUUAUCCAUGGAAUGUAAUAUUUUUGGGAACACAGAUUUAUUCCAACAAUGGUUGUAGACUUAAAAAAAACCCCAACAAACCAACAAAAUAAGUCCACAUUACCUAACAAAAAAGGCAUGAACUAAAGGUAAAAAUGUUUACAGCUUACUUUUCUUAUGAGGAACUAGAAAACACUGUGUUUAAAUACCGUAGAUAUCUAAAUGUUUUUGGAAGUUAGUAACUGAUUUUUUAGACACUGCCUAUCGCAUGAACUGUGAAGCUGUGUGCUGUGUGUAGUUGUAACAUAUUUAUAAAAUGUGUGGGCUGGGUCUAAGCACUGCCAUCUUCAGAAAUAAUUCCAGCAAUUUAUUUUUAAAGACGAAAAUUUUAAAUUUCAUAAUUUGGGAAGUUACCUGCUAGAACAGAUGGCACAGGUCCAAAAGAAGUAGGUCAUAGUAGGUUUAGGUAUUGUAAAAAUUGGUGUUGAAUAAUUGAACACAAAUAAUUGGAAUAAAGCCUACUUUAUCACUGUUAAAACUGUUUUAAUACUUCUUAAACUUUUUUAAAGAAAAUACAUGUUUUAACACCUACAAUACAGAUUGUAUAGUGUUUGUGAUCAAAAUAAAAAAAAAUAAAAGUGAAUGAAUUACUAGUGCUCUUGUAUAGAGUAUUUUCAAGAGCUAAAGAAGUCCAUCCAAAUUAGUCUGCUGGUCAUAGUUAUAUUAAUAGACUGUUAGUUGUCGUUUGAAAGAUCCCAAGAUAAAGUGUGAAUAGGAUGUGUUCAGCUGUUUUAACAUGUAGUGUAGGCUUUCAGAAUUUUGCAUGUAGGAUUUAAUAAUUUGUUCAAUAAAAAAAAAAUGCUUUCGACAUUUUGAACUGGAAAAGCAUGUCACAAUACAACGUUUUCACUAUA